AUGCAGAAGAAGACGUUCACAAAGUGGGUAAACCAGCAGCUGGUCCCCGUGGGUAGCAACAUUUCUGAUAUUUAUUCGGAUUUCACCAACGGAGUGAAUCUGGUCACUCUGCUUCAAGUCCUUUUCAAGGAUCCGAUUGUGGAGUGGGUGUCUGGGAGCGCGGCUGAUGCUGUAGGCAACUUGAAGCCGUGCUUUGACUAUCUGCAGUUUAAGAAGAAGAUGAAGUUGGUGAAUAUCGGUCCUAUUGAUAUUUUCAACGGCAAUCACAAGCUGACCUUGGGUUUGAUUUUCCAGAUCAUUCUCUUCGUGCAGAUCGACAACAUUGAAGUGGACGGCCUGAAGGGAAUGCACGGUUUGCUCCUGUGGGUGAACCGCCAGAUCGAGCCCUACGGUCAGAAGGUGAGCGAUUUCACCGACAGCUGGAGAGAUGGAAAGGCUUUUGCUGCUCUGGCCGCUGCCUUGUGUGAGAACUAUGACUUCGGAAAGGCGGAGGAGAUGGGGCAGGACGAUCGUCACCGCAGCGCUUACGACAAGAUGGAGGACGAUCUGAAUGUAGUGCGCCUUUUGGACCCCGAGGACUUCCACAACGAGGAGAUCGAUGACAAGUCGGUGCUGACGUACGUGUCUUCGAUCUUCAACGCGGUGGCGAACGACGACGAGUCGCGCCGCCAUGUGCAGGCGAUCGACCGCGUCGCGCGUCUGGCGAUGAAGACGGGUUCGAUGAUUCUGAAGUACGAGAAGGAGGCUCGCGCGUACAACAAGCUCCUGGACGACAAGAUCGAAUACUUCCACGAGACGGAGCCGCGUGAUUCGAAGGACUGCCGUCGUCUGAAGGAGGAGUUCGCCAACUACCAGAAGACGGAGAAGGAGGACAUCAAGAACCGCAAGGUGGAGCUGGAGAGCAUGCUGAGCGACAUCCACGAGAGCGAGCGCGCGGAGAGCCGUCCGCUGUACAUCCCGCCCGAGGGCCUGGGCCCGAACGAGAUCUCGCAGAAGUACCGCGACUUCGAGGAGGCGGAGAACGAGUACGAGCAGCGCCUGCUGGAGAAGUUCAAGUACUUCCUGACCAUCGAGCGCCUGAUGAACCAGCUGGACCUGAAGUGCCAGCGCCUGAGCGACCGCCUGAAGGACAACAUCAAGAAGACCGAUCUGAACGACCUGGGCGACUCGGUGGCGGAGUGCAACCACAAGCUGGCGGAGCUGGACGACCUGGUGGAGGAGGACGACGACACGGAGAAGGAGAUGAAGGAGCUGCACGACCUGCUGGACUCGUUCCCGAAGGACUGCUCGGAGUACUCCGAGGCGAUGGACAAGGUGGAGGCCGUGGAGGACCUGCAGGACGAGUGGGAGGACCACAAGAAGGAGUACCGCGACCGUCUGGAGGAGAAUCUGGAGCGCCAGCAGGAGCUGGAGCGUCUGGAGCGCGACAUGGUGAAGGAAGCGGACAAGAUCGAGGAGAAUCUGGACCACGUGGAGAUGCUGCUGAACACCUCCAACGGCGCGGACUCGUUCGAGACCGCGGAGGCGAACGCCAGCGCGGAGGAGGCGCACCGCGAGCUGGACCAGGUGAAGGACAGCGUGGAGGACCUGCGCGAGAAGCAGAAGCAGCUGCUGGACAACGGGAAGGAGGACGAGGUGCAGCGCCACCCGCUGAAGCCGAUCGAAGACCGGAUCCGGAACCUGGAGCGCGAGCUGAAGCAGAAGGAGGACACGCUGGACGAGAUCAACCGCCACACGGAGCAGUGCAACCAGGCGCUGCAGGAGUACGACGAGCUGGCGAACGCGGUGCAGCAGUACGUGGAGGACAACUCGAACGACCUGCGCGCGAAGAAGAACGCGACGCCGGAGGAGCAGAUGGAGCUGAUCCGCCAGAAGAAGGAGGACUACAACCGCCCGCCGGAGUGCUACCGCGUGAUGAAGGAGAAGGAGAAGGAGUGCCGCGACAUCGGCACGAACACGGCGUCGUUCGGCCCGAUCAACAGCGUGUGGACGGAGUACGGCAAGCACCUGGACCGCAAGGAGGCGAAGCUGAAGGACGACGAGGACCGCAAGAAGAUGGAGUCGCUCUCGCCCGACGAGGAGAAGCUCUUGGAGCAGGUGUACAACGCGCUCAACACCGACGGAAAGGGACUCACCGCCGACCAGCUGCGCGAGGCCUUGCAGGCGAUGGGAAUCAACAUGAGUCUCAAUGACGUGAUCGCCAAGCUGACGGCGAUGGGCUACAAGGUGGGUCCGAACAUGCGUCUGGGCCUGCCCGAUCUGAAGCAGUUCCUCCUGGAGCUGAAGGCCACCAAGAACAACAAGGAGGACAUCCAGCACUCGUGGAGAUACCUGGCGAAGAACAAGGACAAGAUUGCGGACACAGACGUGGAUAAAUACUUCAAGGAUUACGAGAGCUAUCCGUAUCUGAAGGAGAGCAUGCCUGCCGAUGAAAAUGGACUGUGUGACUAUCAGGAGUGGACUGAAGCUGCUUUCAAGCAUUAGUGGUAGUAUGUAUCUUGUUCUAUAGUGUGC